CUCUGGUAGAGCGACAUCCACAGAGAGUGGAGGAGAGAAAGAGAGAGAGCAGCGGAGCGGACGGGUGGAUGACUACAGACCGUCAGGAUGCGUGAAUACAAACUGGUUGUUUUAGGAUCAGGAGGAGUCGGGAAGUCAGCUCUGACGGUCCAGUUUGUUCAGGGAAUCUUUGUGGAGAAGUACGACCCCACGAUAGAGGACUCCUACAGGAAGCAAGUUGAAGUGGAUGGACAGCAGUGUAUGCUGGAGAUCCUCGACACGGCAGGAACAGAGCAGUUCACGGCGAUGAGAGAUCUCUACAUGAAGAACGGUCAGGGUUUCGCUCUGGUUUACUCCAUCACGGCUCAGUCCACCUUCAACGACCUGCAGGACCUCCGAGAGCAGAUCCUCAGAGUGAAGGACCAGGAGGAUGUUCCCAUGAUCCUGGUGGGAAAUAAGUGCGACCUGGAGGUGGAGCGCGUUGUGGCCAAAGAGUCGGGUAUCGGCCUCGCCCGCCAGUGGAACUCCUGCGCUUUUCUGGAGACCUCGGCCAAGAGCAAGAUCAACGUCAAUGAGAUCUUCUAUGACCUUGUGCGACAGAUCAACAGGAAGAGCCCGGCUCCUGGGAAAGCUCGCAAAAAGCCGACCUGUCAGCUUCUCUAAUGACAGUUUUCUCCUCACCUGACCAACAACCAACCAAUCACACCACAUCUUCCAGCUGGCCACGCCCCUUUAACACAACCAUGUCAUCAUCAACAUCCGACCUCUGUUCCCGUGACGACCACAAACCCCAUCCUUCCUGUUCACCACACUGUCUGAUGGAGACGGUUGCCUUUGAAACAUUAAACCAAACAUCGAACAGACUGCAGUGAUGAUGAUGAUGAUGAUGAUGAAGAUGAUGAUUCUGCUGUGGCAGGCAUGGGGGGGGGGGGCUGUCCAAAACAACUGCCCGACUUUAAACUACAGUUCCCACAAUGCUCUCUGUUUGCAGGGGGAGUGGCUUCUUGCUUUUUUCAUGUUAAAUGUUUCUUUCAUUUCCUUUUUUUCUUAUUUUCCAGCCGUCCCGGGCCUCUCACACGCAGUUUUCCCGCUCUUUCCUAUCGGCCAUGUCAUUACCAUGGUUACGCUGAUGAUGUCACAGCUGACACGGCUGAUGCUGCCUGUGCGAGGCUCCGGUAGAACCUGUGGAUUCUUAUUACAGUGGUUUAUAACUAUGAUUAUGUGUGAAAAAAUAUAAGUCAUUUAUGUUUGUUUUUAUUUUAGGGUGGGGGGCGGGGAGGGGGGCAGCGGGUUGUGCGGUCAGCUAGCCAUGCUAGUAGCUUCAAGCUAACCUGAGCUAACUGCAGCUACUGUAGCUAACUGCCUAUAUAAGUAGACCAUGCUUUGAUGGAAUAUAGCACCCUAUUCUUGUUAGCAUUUUAGUACCUCUCCAAAGAUACUGAUCAUAGCUGCUAGUAAAGGGCUAGCUUCAAGUCUUUUAAGGACUCUAACACAGCGUCUCUGCAGAGCUGCUGAAGGGACAAGCAAUGAAAUCUAUUUUUUAAAGCUGCUAGUGCCCAACGAGAAAUUUCUUGUCCUCAAAAGAAGGUUUUAUGUGCUUGCAGGGAUAUUUUAGAAGUUAAAGUAGAAGUUUUGACAUGCCUCAUAGAGAGCGUUCCUUGUUAAUGAGAUAGUUUGGAAGAUUUUGAUGCUCAUGAGAUGCUUUUUUAGUGCUUUGAGUUAUUUUUAUCCCUACAACCCUACAAAAAGGUGCUAGUGCUGAGAGUUUGUAGGUCAUGAGGUUUGGCCUCAUAUACCAGAUAGACUGAUUCAUAUACCCAGUGCAUGAUUUUAUUUUAUAUCUGGGAAACCUCCCGUACAAAGCAUUUAAGAAGAGCAGGAUCAUGGUGGGAGGAUUCAUUAGUUUUAAAAGUGCAUUUAACAGGGCUUCAGAUUGAGCCAUCUUAUCAUGCCCAUCCCUUAAAAAAGGAGCUUGUCAUGGAUUGAAAAGGAAAUAAAGGUACAUUUUAAAGGUAAAUAUUUGAUCAUAAAAGGUUUAGAUGACUUCUGACUCCUCCUCUAGAGUUUUAUUUAAGAUAAAUGAAACAUUAAGAAGCAUACCCAGUGAUUUAUCACAAUUUAACAAAAUUGCACACACUUAUAAUAACCUUCAUUUAUCAUGAUUAAUGCUGACAGCCCUAGUUUUUACUGUGAACACCAGAAGUGAUCUCAUUCACACUUAAAACCUGUUUGUGAGCACAUAAAAUGUUCCCUGAAGAUGUGUUUUUUUCUUGAUUUUUCUGCUCAUGUCCCGUUAGCAGCCAUGAUAAUGAAGUUUAUGCUUAUUAAAACACACCCAAGGCUCUGCCUUACGUUCUAACAUAACUCCUUUACAUCUGGAACUUUAUUACCACUGCUGUGCUGUUAGCAUUAUUUAGACAGUCCAAGGAUGGUAGUAGCAAGUUUCAAAACAACAACAAAUGUGAGCAUUAAAGGUGUUUCGACAAGAAUCUAGCUCUUUAAAAUCUUCUGAUUUUCUGAGGUUUAAUAGCUAAUGCAUUACCUGUGGCAUACUGCACAGUAGCC